UUGAUUGCGAGUGUUGUCCAACGCCCGUCCUUACCGCCGACCGAUACAUGGAACAUCGCCAUCGGUAAAAUACUCCGCCACCGCCAUCAUGACCGACCUCGCUCAUUCUCUGAUCCGGACCGUCGUGCGCGCAUUCUACCAAACCGAACACAUAAUCGCCAUAGAUGCGCUCGUACUCCACUCGACCCUCCAGGAUAGCGACCUUGCGCAGCUCCUCGGCGUGCAGACCAAAGGUCUUCACAAGACAAUAGGACGUCUUCGUGAAGAUGGACUGGUCACAGUACAAAACCGAGCUGAGCGACGCACAGAUGGCACGGGAGGAUAUUAUGGAGGUGCGCCGCAGGCCGGCAAAGAACGAGUCACUCAUCGACAAUGGUACUAUCUCAACUUUCAUCGCGCCAUCGACAGCAUCAAGUAUCGCAUGUAUCGGCUGAACAAGCACAUUGAAAGUUUGGGAAUGCCGACGACGGAGAGGAAGGAUCUCUCUUGUCCAAGGUGCAAAAGCCAGUACGCAGAGAUUGACGUUAUGGACAAUAUUUCGCCAACUACCGGAGAGUUCCUCUGCCACAUGUGCGGGCACGUGCUGGAUCCUGUGGAGGAAGAUGAGCUUGCGAACGAGAAUCAGAGCAUGAAACGGCUGAACAAUCAGCUGGAGAAAUUGCUCAAGCUUAUGCAGAAGAUCGACGCUACCGAUGUUCCCGAGAAUGAUUUCGAAAUGGCUCUGAGCAAGAUGAAACCGAUUCAGAAAUCAGACACGAACCCUGGCUCCCGCACUGAGAUCGUGGACCUGCCGAAUAGAAAUCUGCAGAGCACCAAAGGUCUCGUACUGCAGCCGGAGCGAAUUGCGGUCGAAGUUCAGGAUGACGAGGACGUCAAGCGGGAGAGCAAGGCCGCGGAGGCUGAAGCGAGGAAGGCUGCAGAGGCUCGCCAGAACGCUUUGCCUGACUGGAUCUCGAAGAGCACAAUCACCGGCGAUAUCACUGCAGUUGGUGCCAAGGAGGAAAGGCUGCGAAAAGAACGCGAACAGCACGCAGCUGUCAUCAAGGACGAGGAUAACGAAGAGAAGAAGCCCUCUGCUGCAGGUGACGAAGAUGUCAUGGCCGCAUACUGGGACGAAUUGGCGCGAGCGCGAGAGAAGGAAGCGCAAGAAGCCAAGGAGGAAGAGGAAGAAGAUGACGAUGACGAAGAGGACGAGUUUGAGGACGUCGAUACAAAGAGAGUCCGCAUCGAGGAGCCGAGCUCGAAAGACACUCCGGCUGCGAGCGACGCGGAUGAUGACGAGCUUGAAUUCCAGGAUGUCUGA